AUGGAGCGCUGCGGGCGGAGCGGGGCGGGGACGGUGCACGGCGGCGGCGGCGGCGGCGGCGGCGCGCGGGCCCCUCCUCGCAGGUGCGGCGGCGGGGGAGGCCUGCGAUUGGUGGAGCCGCGAUCCGGGCGCGGGGCCGGGCCUGUCGGAGCCGAGGCUGCGCGGGCGGGCGGCAACCGGGACUUGAACCUCGGUCUGCGCCCGGCCGCCCCGCCGCUCCGCCGCCCCUCGGUGUGGGACUUGGCGAGGCCUGUGGGUGCGCACCGAGAGGGCCGAGGGACGAGCGGAAGAGAAGCCGCUGCGAACUCGGGCCACCCAGAUGGCCGGCCGGAGGUUCCUGCGUACGGCGCGGCCUCGGCCACCUCGCCAAGGACCCCGGGAAGGGUCGAGCUUCCCGCGCACGAGAAACCACCUUUACACGUGUUCUCGCGCCGCCCGGUGCCUCCCGCCGUGGCCUCCGCAUCACAGUCACCUGGGGGGGCCUCACCAAACCACAGGUGCCCGGGACCCGCCCCUCACGGUUCUUUUAUGGAAGUCUCGCUUCCGGGAAGAGGUCAUCCUCCCUUCUUUAAGUCUGUGGCUCUCAACACCCACGAGUGUGGGAAUUACCAGCAGGCUGUGCAGAAGUCCAGGUGCUCAGGCCAGCCCCAGACCUACUGGGUCAGUGUGGGGAAGGGCAGGAACGCCUGCUGCUUUUUAAGCCACUGCAGGCGCUUGUGAUGCAGUAGGCAGUUAGAAAAGCUGGAGUGCAAUGACAUGAUCUCAGC